GCCUGAUAAAGAAGGCCAAAGCACUUCCUUCCCUUGUCCUUGUGAUUGAGACUUCACCUUACCCCCCGCUACUGCUGCUGCUACUACUGCUCCCUUGGGGUCUCCUAUAUAUUAACCACCAACGCUUCAACGAUUGCUUGGUCACUUCACACAGAUUGGCUUCUUCGUAUACAUAUACGACGAUGGAGGGCAUGAUGAAGAGGCACCAGGUUCCAGCAUUUGGGUACUGGGAUUACUGCGACGAGCUUCCCAUCACCCGCUACUUUGAGUCAGCAGUGCAGGCUGGGUUGAUCCGAGGCCAUUUUUUUGGUGAAGAUGACGAUGUCUUUAACGUGUCAGCCCAAGUGAGACCGGCCUAUCUUAACCACCAUAGAAAGGUGAAAAAGGCUGGUGAUAUAGGAGGAGAGAAGCACUACGGUAAAGGGCAGCAGAGGAAGCAAGUGAAGGUAAUCAGCGACCUGAAGAUCCAAGCCACCCCGAGGAGGCAUAGAGCUCCCAAGGCCGUGGACGAGGACUUGUACAAGAUCCCACCUGAGCUCCUCUACCAGAAGCCCAAGAGGAAGAGAUCGUUAAAGAAGUUAUGGUCAGGAUGUAUGGGACUCAACAGCGUUGCCUGAGCGGACGAAGGACCGAUGGAGUGAGAGCGCAUCGCAUGCCGAAGCUUUAGCACCAUGGAGAUCCUUUUUAUUUUCCCUCUUCAGUCGCCGUUGUGAUCUUUUCCAGGCUUUGAUCAAUGUGAUGUGAUAUAUCAUUGAACAGUGACUUCUCUCAGUCAGAAGUGAAGGAUAUUAUAUAUAUAUAUAUAUAUAUAUAUAUAUAUGGUUUUUGUUGUAGGCUAGAAAUUAAUGAAAGAGAGACUGGUCUGGUAAUCAGCCAUUUAUUUGGCAGGA